GCUGUCCAUGGCUCUGAAACUACAGCGGAGCGGUUUAAGCUUUUAGACGCUUCCUCUGAAGCAGCUGAACUGCAUUCAUGUUCAUAAUGAGCCACAGAGACAGCAUUAUUCUCAAAGAAGGUGAAAGUGAUGGCUCACAUCACAGAAAAAGCCAGUCGUGCCGGUGAACUGAUCCAGUGUCGUCGCGCGCUGCGCAGGGAGUUCUGACGCGUUCAUUCCCCUCACGAGCUUCAUUGAUACUUCAGUAAAUGUACGGAGAUGGACCUACACCGGAUUACUCCUGACGCUAUUUGGAAACUAUCAUAAAUAAGAGUUCAAUAUCACCAACUGAAUGACCUGCAGAUUAUUUCGCUCAGCAAUCUUCGGACGCCUUUCUUCUUGCAACUUCAUCAAAGAGCUUUCGGACAGAAUUAGAGCUGUUACUUUAAACUCGCAUAUUAAGAAACACAAAUAAUUAAAGUAAAUGAUGCAUUUUAUAGUUCGUAUGUUGUUAAACAGUCGGCGCGAAAAAUGAUUGCUGUAAAUAGCGAGUGUAUAACUAUGACGAGAAGAUGCCUUCUGACGUUCAAACCGUUCAGGAUAUUUGUGGCGGGGAUCGGUUUCUUCAGUCUGUGCUUCUUAAUGACCUCUCUGGGGGGGCAGUUCUCGGCCAAGCGACUGGGCGAUUCCCCAUUCAGCAUCCGAACUGAAGUGUUGGGUGGUCUGGAGUCUCGUGGGGUCCUGAGAAAGAUCAGCGAGAUGUUGGAGAUAAUCAUGAAGAGGAUCGACACCUUAUCAAAAAUGAGCAACAGCAGCGAGUCCCACAGACUGGAGGAGCUGAGCUCUGCUCUCCACAGAUUCCAGCCGGUGGGUCUGGUGGAGCGAAUCCAGGCCAUCGCCCAAAAUGUGUCUGACAUGGCUAUACGAAUGGAGCAGAUUCUGAAGAAGACUAGCAUCCCUGCCAGAGGCCGAGAUGGAGUUACAGGCCAGUGUGAAGUCCCGAAGGAUCCCAGGUACCCGGAUUGCGCUAGUAAAGUGGAUUGGAUGAGAGCCAGGUGGACAUCGGACCCUUGCUACUCCUUUUAUGGAGUAGAUGGCUCCGACUGCUCUUUCCUCAUCUACCUAAGUGAAGUCGAGUGGUUCUGCCCCCCGCUGGCCUGGAGGAAUCAAAGCAGUCACCCCACAGCCAGCAGCCUGCCAAAAAGACAGGCAUAUUUCCGUUCAGAUCUGUCUCUACUGUUGGAGCGGGUUGGCUCGGGAAAAGAAUCUCUAAGCUUCAUGAGGAGGCGUAUGCGCAGAUUGGCUGCGCAGUGGGCUGCAGCUACACGCAGACUUGACGAGCGACUGCGCGGUCAGUACAGAGAGCAGAAGAGGAUCCUGGUGCAUGUGGGCUUUCUGACAGAGGAAUCCGGUGAUGUGUUCAGUCCAAAAGUGUUGAAGGGUGGCCCGCUCGGAGAGAUGGUCCAAUGGGCAGACAUCCUGACCACCCUUCAUGUGCUGGGACAUAACCUCAAGAUAUCACUCUCAGUCAAAGAACUGCAGGGGUCACUUGGCGUGCCUCCAGGAAGAGGAAGCUGUCCUCUGACUGGCCCGUUGCCCUUUGACCUUAUCUAUACAGACUACCAUGGCCUGCAGCAGAUGAAACAACACAUGGGCCUUUCCUUUAGACUGCACAGGUGCCACAUCCGCGUGAUCGACACCUUCGGCACGGAGCCGGCAUACAAUAAUGAGGAGUACGCCACACUGCAUGGAUACAGGACCAACUGGGGCUACUGGAACCUCAACUGCAAACAAUAUAUGACCAUGUUCCCACACACUCCUGAUAACUCUUUCAUGGGUUUUGUGACCGAGGAACUAAACCAGACUGUACGAUUCAACAUAAAGAGGGACAAAGUCAACAACAUGGCUGUGGUUUACGGCAAAGAGGCCAGUAUGUGGAAGGGUAAGGAGAAGCUGCUGACCAUCUUACACCGUUACAUGGACAUCCACGGGACAGUGUACUAUGAGGCCCAGCGGCCCCCAGAGGUGCCCGCAUUUGUCAGGAACCACGGUUUACUGCCCCAACAGGAGCUACAGCAGCUUCUGAGGAAGGCUAAGCUCUUCUUGGGGUUUGGCUUUCCCUAUGAAGGUCCCGCCCCUUUAGAGGCAAUAGCCAAUGGCUGUGUGUUCCUGCAGCCAAAUUUCAGUCCCCCUCGUAGCUCCCUCAAUCAUGAGUUCUUCAGAGGGAAGCCCACAUCCAGAGAGGUGUCAUCUCAGCAUCCGUACACUGAACAGUAUAUUGGCAAACCCCACGUCAUAACAGUAGACUUCAACAACUCUCAAGAAUUCGAGACAGCUGUUCAAGAUAUUCUCAAAGAGAAGGUGGAGCCCUUUAUACCAUAUGAGUACACUUGUGAGGGCAUGCUGGAGAGAGUGAAUGCUUACAUUCAACAUCAGGAUUUUUGUCGCAACAGCAGUCCAUUCCCUGCAGCCAAUGAAUCUAGAUCAUGGCCUGGGAAUCCACCCAGUCCUUUCCUCCAGCUGCCCAACUCCACAGCUUUGAUCUGGGCUCCCAACAUCAGUGCUCCGGCCUGCUGGCCGCCCCUCAGCGCCCUCCGGCUCUUCCUGUCUCCAGAGGCAUCGUCCUGUGUGAAAACCUGCCAGGAUGCCGGUCUAAUCUGCGAGCCAGCUUACUUUCCUUUCAUCAACAAUAUGGAGGCCUUCAAUGGGCUUAACGCUCAGUGUGAGUCCUUAGAAGCGGAGAAGAACCACGUGUUUCCAGCCGUACAUGUGGACAGGAGAGAGUGUUUUCAGCAAAAGGAGCCGCUGCUGUUCAGUUGCGCUGGAGUCAGUGCCAAACACCAGCGGCUUUGUCCAUGCAGAGACUACCUCCAUGGCCAGGUGGCGCUAUGCAGGGACUGCCUUUGAGCUUUCACCAGAGACCUCCGGAGAUGUCUGUGGUAAACUGAGGCCAGUCCUGGACAGUCAAACCUGUCCCCAGAACGCAACAGGUUUGUGGGAAUUUUUGGACUGAGGUUGUUGAGAAGUGUCCUCACUCUUGGAUACUUUGAUCCAAAGCUAAACUUUACCUCCAGGUGAGCUAGUGAUGAUGGUAACCUGAUGUUAUGAGGUUCACCAUCUAUGAAGUCUAUCUGAAAGAACUCAUCUGGUGGUGGUUUCAAGAGUGGAUGACGUGAGCAGAAAGAAAGAGUUUGGAGCUCCUUUGUGAUGCAGGUCAGGCUCUAGAAGCUGUAGCUUUGGGAAUGCUGAAAGUGUCAGAACUGUACAUGAAUUUUAAAGUCAACAUGAAAGAUUAUAGAGUGCUGCAGGGAUAAUGUAUUUUUGUAGGCCAGAACCCAGAAACAAGAUGCAUCUCAGCAAUUCCAUCCCGAAGUCAAUGUUUUUUUGUUUUAUGUUUUUUCGUUAAAUGCCUGAUAAAGGUCUGUGUUUAACACAAACCCAAGAUACUUUCAUGUUUUAUUCUACAAUGUAAAAUACAUCAUACCCACUUGUAAUUUUCAAUCAAGGUGAUGCAACCUUUCAGGUUGGCCUACAAUACAUUACAUUACAAAUACAUUAGCAUUGCAGUGCUCUAUACCCAACCCAUUUUAAUGUGUUAUAUUUAGGGGAAUAGGAGAUCUUAGCAAAUGGUUUUAUGAUUUGUUCAAAUAGAAGUUUCACAGAAGAGUAGGAUGAGAUGUGAUUUUAUUUUAUUUUUUUUCGCAAACCGGUUAAACGCAAACCCUUAUUAAUCUGUAAACUAAAUCACACAUUCUUCUCUAAAGACAAGUUCAGACCUAAUGGACUCAGUUUAGAGUUCAGAAAACUCAUGGAUCUGAUUGUGACAAACAGUGCUGCUAUCUAUCCAAAUGUUCUGCCAUCACUAUACUGAGGUUAACGUUUAGGCUUUAGAUUAGGUUUAAAGGUUAGUAUUUGUAUAGGCUGUGAUUGACACAACCGGUGAAAUAUUUAGAAACGGCUGCAAGGAUUUAGAAUCACACUGGUGUCAGAGCUGAGUUUUCAGUGAUUUGUAAAGAAAUCAUUUCCAUUUGAAAGCACCUCUGUUAUGUACUUUUGAGGAGGCUUUUUGACCAGAAUUCACCUGCAUUACCAACAACAGUAUCCUGAAACAGCCUAACAGGAUACAGUUAACAUGAACCCUUUCAGACCCAUUGGUGUAGUUUUGCAUUAGAGUUUCAAUUAGGAACAUUUUUGUGAACAUGUAUGUUUGUUUAGGAGAAGAAAAAACAACUUGCACAUAGGAAAUGAUGUUAUAGCUGUAGUUUCUAUGCAACUUUGGAUCUGCAUGGUUGCUGCUGCUUACCACAUCAUUAUGGGCAUUUCUUACUCAUUUCUGUACACAUUUUACACUUUUUAAAGCUAACGUUACAGAUGGGCAGUUUAUAAAAAUAAUCAUAAAAUACAUCCGUUGCUUAAGUUAAAACAUGGUGGGUUUUCACAGUAAUCACUAUGCAUAAUAGAUAUGCACAUGGACAAAAUAGAGUUGGAUUUAAAGGGUAAAGGUAAAACAUAUGGCAGUAGAAUCAAGAUCCAUGUGAACUCUUUAUUUUAAGGUGACAUUGUUACUACACAAAUAAGUACUGAGUAAUAUUAAUUAACAACAUGUACUUACUGUAGGGUUAAGGUUGGGGUUUGUUUUAGGGUUAGUUGCUUGUAAUUAUGCAUACUUUGCUGUUAUUAUAUAGUAAGUGCAUGUAACAUAUGUGCUGUCACUUUAAAAUGAAGUGUUUCCAGAUCCAAUGAAAAUUUUAUCUCUGAAUGCUUUGAAUUCACAGCAAACAAAUAAAUAAAAAAUCAAACAACUAAAUAAAUCAAUCAAAAUCAAUCAGAAAGCCUAUAAUGUGCUGCCUAACAGACCUCACAGCCAUUUGACACCAAACCAAUAAAAUCUAACUCACAUUGGUAUACUGUAAAAAAAAAAAAAAAAAAAUUUAAAAACUUAAAAAAUAAUUUGUUACCGCGCUGACUUAAAAUUUUUAGUUUUGUCAACUUGAAAUUUUAAGUUACUCAGUGUUAAUUUAAGGGACAACUGGAAUAUUUUAGUUGAAUAAACUAAAAAUUUUAAGUCAGCGGGGUAACAAAUUAUUUUAAGUUGAAACAACUUUCUUUUUUUUUUUUUUUUACAGUGUAUUAUUUUGAUAGCUUGGAAAAUGUUCAUGAUCGUUAAACAGAAUGCAGAAAAAAAUUUGAAGGGUUAACUAGUACCAGCCUAGGUGGAGCGAGUUAUUACAUUUUGAUGAAAGUUUACAGAGAACAUUUUCUUAAGAACAUGUACUAUAAGACCAGCUGUGCAUAUUAUGUAAUCAGGGUCAGUUUUGGUUUCAUGUUGACUUCUAAGUUCAUAUGGAAUGAAAUCAUCUGCUGUGAAAAACUAAAAUAAAAAGAACACUCUCUGCUUGCAGAGAACGGAUGUGAAAUACUUACGGAUUUUCUCAAAUUCAUUGUGUAAAUAUGUGCAUUUUACAUAUUUCAUAUGCGCUAUUGUUUGUACAAAAUAAAAUAUACUUUUAAAA